CCGCCCUCUGACCAGAUUGUCAGUGCCCUCGCAGCAACGGGGCCGGGCCGGCUUGGAGCAUUCCGAGCUGGACAAGACCAUGGCUGCAGAGAUGCAGGCGCUGGGGGGCCCCAGCCCUGGGCAGACCUGCGUGCUGAUCCUGAUCUUCACGGUGCUCCUGCAGACCCUGUGCGUGACUGUCACUUACAUGUACUUCACCAACGAGCUGAAGCAGAUGCAGGACAAGUUCUCCAAAAGCGGCAUUGCCUGUUUCUUAAAGGAAGAUGACACUUCCUGGGAUCCCAGUGAGGAAGACAGUAUGGACAGCCCUUGCUGGCAAGUCAGAUGGCAACUGCGUCAGCUCGUUAGAAAGAUGAUUUUGAGAACCUAUGAGGAAACGAUUCCUACAGUUCAAGGUAGUAUUUUUUUUACUUUGAUUUUCUACCAUCAAUUUCACGACUGUGUGAAAAAGCUCUUUCUCCUCCUCUCUGCUCCCACUGCAGACUUGUGGCUCCGAGUGUCAGCACACUGCCGAUUCCGUUUCCCUCUGCAUCAGCAGCUGCAAAGCUCAGAACCAACCUGCGGCCCCGCUCAACAUGCCCAGCACGGGCAUGACAGGCACUCUGGCUUGUUACAGUGGAUGAAAGACUCUAGCACCAUCUUCUCCACAAAGCUUCCCCCGACCUCGGAGCUCUAUGAAAUAAGCUCCAAGAAUGAAAAGGCUUUGGGUCAGAAAAUAAACUCCUGGGAGUCAUCCAGGAAAGGACAUUCAUUCUUGAACAAUUUGCACUUGAGGAAUGGAGAACUGGUCAUCCAUCAAACGGGCUUUUAUUACAUCUACUCCCAGACAUACUUCCGGUUUCAGGAGCCUGAAGAAACGUUGGAAACACUCUCAAAGGAGGAGGCCAGAAAGAGGAACAAACAGAUGGUACAAUACAUCUACAAAUACACGAGCUACCCCGACCCCAUACUGCUGAUGAAGAGCGCCAGGAACAGCUGCUGGUCGAAGGACUCCGAAUACGGACUCUACUCCAUUUAUCAAGGAGGGAUAUUUGAACUUAAGGAAAAUGACAGAAUUUUUGUCUCUGUAACCAAUGAGCAGUUGGUAGACAUGGACCAGGAAGCUAGUUUUUUCGGGGCCUUUUUAGUGGGCUAACCAAUCUGCAAAGGCAAAGCAAUACCCUGGGAGCGGCACCCUUCAGGACGCGCCACUGGGAAACGUGGACAAGUCUGACAGAGAAAGGCAACCUCAGCCGAGCAGUCUCACAUGGAAAAAUCCUGGGGAAUUUUUUUAAAAUCGCUGAAAGUGACUCACUUAUUUCCAGAAGAUGAACUUGCCAAAGGGCAUUUCGGGGCACUCCCCAGUAUCAACUUGCUGACAAGUCUGGAAGGUUCUCAGCUUCUGACAUCUGCAACAGUGAGCAUCCGUCUUUAUCAUCUACUCUGAAGAUUCCAGACAACGUUCCCCCCACCCCCCGAGAGCAGACACAUUCACCAGAGAGGGACAGAGAGAGAGGGACAAAGCAUCUCCCCAAUGGGGCAUGGCCUUGAUGCAAUCCUUUCUUCGUUUCUCCAGCCAGACUGGAUUUGGGGCACGCGUGAACAUGCUCAGAUUCAAACCAAUUGGACUGCCAUGUGGGGUCUGGUUUUCCUAACUCCCGGGCUACGGGGCCAGCCCAAGACCAUUUUUGAUAAUACAUAAUUCAAAUGGAAGUGAAAGUUUUUAUGUAUUUUUAUAUCAAAAUGUUAAAAUACAGUACUUUUUAAAUAAAAUGUUCUGUUAAAAUAUG